CUCCCGCCUAACUGACUCCCGAACAUAUUACGAACUCGUGCAUUUUAAAAUUCGAAUACCGAAUUCAGUUCGAACCUAUCUCGUUGAAAAUCCAUUGUUCGAAUAUACAAUGCUACGUGCGUAAUACCGCUUCCGGCUCGGAUUAUUGAAUUGUCUUCGAACGUGCUGACGAAGUUCUCCUGACAAAUUCUGUAUAGUGACGUUUUUACGAUUUGUUUGUUCAAAAAAUUACCAAAUUAAAAAUAAACCGAUAAUAAAAUCUACCGCGUGCCAAAACUAAAAGUUUGUCAAAUAAAAGAACAUUUAUUCAAGUGAAAGAGAUAAGAAAGCCGUCAAACUGUAUUCCUUCGACAGUUUUAAGGAGUACGAGUACGAUGAAGACAGAGCGUACAACGGUCAUGAGGACACCUUCGGGACUCAUAAGAAAAGCGUGACAAUGAGAGAAAAAAGGGGAGGCGCUAUGAGCAAAAUGCAAAAGCUCAGGAAACGCCUGUCCCUAAGCUUCGGUAGAUUAUCAACAAAAGACGAGUCAGAAGUUGAAGGGGAGUGUCGGGGUCGACAAAACGGUGGCGGCGGUGCGCGCGGCAAAUUACCCUACAACGGAUACUCGGAAGAGUGCCUCGAUCGACUAGAGCCCAACGGCAACAUACCUAAUGAUAAGGAUUCCCAUUAUGAGUGGAGUGGCGGUGGUGGCAACGGCGAGUACCGUGUUCGGAGGCAGCUGUCGGUAUCUUCAGACUCGAAACUCCUAGACGAGGGUGCGAGGGAGGACGCGAGGGUAGUCAUGAGGCCGAAACGGCCACCCAGGCCAAAGUCGGAGGCUUUCCUUGGGCCACACGAACAUUCUAAUCGUCGGACCAAGCGGUUUAGUGCCUUUGGGGGUGACUCCCCCUUCGGAAAAUCCGAGGCUUAUAUUAAACUGGAGCAGCUCGGCGAAGGCUCCUACGCUACAGUAUAUAAGGGAUAUAGCAAUUUAACACAACAAGUUGUGGCUUUAAAAGAGAUCAGACUGCAAGAAGAGGAGGGCGCGCCUUUCACAGCGAUACGCGAGGCGUCACUUCUCAAAGAACUGAAACACGCCAACAUUGUAACGUUACAUGACAUCGUGCACACGAGGGAAACGUUGACGUUCGUGUUCGAGUUCGUGGACACAGACUUAUCGCAAUAUAUGGAGAUGCACCCCGGCGGUCUCAAUCGGCAUAAUGUCCGACUUUUCAUGUUCCAACUUCUCCGAGGUCUCGCCUACUGCCAUCGGAGACGAGUGUUGCACAGGGACGUCAAACCACAGAAUUUAUUAAUAAGCUCGCACGGUGAACUGAAGCUGGCCGACUUUGGACUCGCACGGGCGAAAUCUGUUCCUAGCCACACGUACUCGCACGAGGUCGUCACAUUAUGGUACAGGCCACCAGACGUUCUCCUCGGGAGCACAGAGUAUUCAACGUCGUUGGACAUGUGGGGAGUUGGCUGUAUAUUCGUAGAAAUGCUCUGCGGCGUACCCACGUUCCCGGGAGUCAGAGACACGAACGAUCAACUCGACAAAAUCUUCAAGGUGGUCGGCACGCCCACAGAAGACAGUUGGAACGGCGUGUCCCGCCUGCCGGGCCUGAGGGCGCACGUGUCCCGCUGGGGCGCGUGUCCCGCGCGGCCGCUGGCGGCGGCCUUCCCGCGCCUGCGGGACGCCGGGCGGGACGCGCAGCGCCUGGCCGCCUCGCUGCUGCAGCCCGACCCCACGCGCCGCCUGGCCGCGCCGCGGGCGCUCGCGCACGAGUACUUUUCGCCGCUGCCGUCUCGCCUCUCGCACCUACCUGAUGAGGUGUCGAUCUUCACAGUAGAAGGCGUGAGCCUACACCCCGAAGACUAGGCGCCCACCGCACGCGUAGUAGAAUCUGUUCACUUGUUCCUCCCCGAGUGGGACAUUCUUAGUUAGUACCUAUCAAUUCCUAUAGUUUUAAUCAACGGUCGAAAUACGGUUCACUCAUUUCGACGGACCAACGUUUCCUGGUAGUCCAAGCCGCCCCCUCCACUCUCCUAGUGUAAGGACUCGACCGCGCAGCGCCGGGUCUCUCUCGAGCUCGCGUCGAACCUAUCCAUCCGUCGAUCGCUUCGACUUAAUGUUACAUUAGCGCUUGUUAAGCUUCUAAUAAUAUCCAUCCAUGUAAUUCAAUUAUUCUAUGGUGACAAGGUAUACUGAUAGGUGUCGAGUGUACCGUUUAUUUGUAUAAAUAUAUAUAAACAGAGCAGUGUGCCAUGUAUAUCUAUAACUGAGAGUAUGACGAGUUAUUUUAAAAAGAUUUUUAUGCUGGAUAUAUGCUCAUAAUUUUGGUAAAAAUUUUGAAGAUGUUUAUUUAUAUUUACUAAGGGAUAUAUGGAAUCAGUGCAGUCUUAUGAAGUGACCCUUGUAUCAUAAUCACCGAGCACCGGAUGAGCUAAUCUAUAAUCUAAGUA